AUGGGAGAGCGGACGGGAUCCCGAGUUUUCCAGUGGGUAUGGUCUCUCACUACACAUACACGUGUUCAUCCACAUGCCUACCAACCUAACACCACUGAUUGCGGGUUCCAGAACCGUCCCGUCAACUCUCCCGGGUUCUUCAUCCACUCGGAGAUACACAAGGCCCGGCACGAUGUGCAUUCAAUCCGCCAUGCGCACACCAUAGCAGGUCGCGCGUGGACAGUGUUUGGAAAACCACUGGAGAUGAUCACACAGGAUGUGUGCGAUCUUUACGGGGUCAUUGCCACCAUGAAUGAGUACAGUGGCAUCGUCACUGCGGAGGGGGAAGGACAGGAGAUUGCGCGCUGGCUUGGCCCAAGGGGCAAGGCCGCUCUGCUCCUCAACCACGGGCUACUCACGGUUGGUUCCACAGUGGACGAGGCGUCAUUUUUGUUCGGACUGCUCGACCGCAGCUGCGACAUCCAACUACGGGUGGAAGCAGCCAAAUGUGGUAAUCCAAUGUUGCAGAAAAACAUCAUUCCCGAUGAGCUCGCUCGCCUCAACUUCUCAAUGGCAGGCGAAAGGAAUUGGUUGUACGUAGAGGCUCAGCCGGACAUUGAGUAUGAGAUUGAGAUGGCAGGUGACGCCAUUAGGCAGGGCAUCGAUGAUGUAAAUGUAGAUUUCCUGUAG